AGUAAGAACACUACAUAAGAUGUGCAAUGAAAAUGUACUCCUCAGCUGCAUAAUAGAAGUUCAUUUUAGAAAGUCAUUUUGUAAAUGUGUGCAAAUACAAGAGUAGGAGAUGAAGAAAAUACCAUCUUGACUGGGCUGUUAAUCAUCAGUCUAGUGAAUCAAACAUGAAUUUAAUUUCAAUAUAUUCUAAUUGGAGGGGUAAGAUAGCAGUAAUUUCAAUUUAGAGGAAGGUAGAUUAAGUAGUAAGAGACAGCAGGUUAGGGGUUAAUCAAGCAAGAGAAAAAACUUCCAUUUCUUUGUAAAUUAUAAGUGUCAUUGUAUUCAAUCUCACAUCCUCCUACUAUCUUUCCCCCUCUUUCAUUUUCUUUGUAAAUGAUUAGAAAUUCAAAUGAAAUAGUGAGUCACUAUAUUUAGGAUAUAGUAAAUCUAGAGAAUGUUUUAUUCGAAGCAGAAACUUGUCGUGUUAGGAACCCGAGCUAAAGAAAGUAACAGAUCAUCGAUGUUGAAAUGUUGUUCAUCAUUGUGCUUGCAUUGUGUCUUUGUUUGACGGGAACACAACAUUAUAAAAUUAUCCAAAGUGAAAAUGUUGUCCUCAAUAAAAGCACCACUCUUCGGAUUGUGGUGCCAAAUAUGCGAAGACCGGUUGCUUGGAGUUGUGGUAACUAUAGAUAUGAAUGUGACACAACAUGCAUUAACAGCCCUGAUUUUAAAGUGACUCAGAGUGAAAACUCAUCUACUGUUUGGAUCCGAAAAGUUACUAAGGAUUCUUUGUCUUGGACAUUUUACGACUUAAACUUCAACAGUGGGAAAAUUGAUUUAAAUAUAAACGGUUUAAGAAAAUCAGAAACUUAUGAAAUUUCUCAAAAUGAAUAUGGUGUCCUCAGCGUAAGUGGCUAUCUUCGCAUUGAAAUACCAAACAUGAAAAGACCAGUCAUUUGGAGAUACCAGAAUUAUAAAUAUGAAUGUGACCUGACAUGCGCCAACAGCACUGAAUACAGAGUGACACAAAGUAGGAAUGUUUCGACUUUUUGGAUCCGAAACGUAACUAACGAGCGUUUAGAUUGGACAUUUUGUGACGACAACCUCAACUAUGGAAAAUUUGAUUUGAAGAUGCACAGUUUGACAAAAGCAGAAACUUAUAUUACCCAAAAUGUACCUGUUAUGCUAGGAGGAAAUGUUACUAUUCGUGUUGAAGCAAGCUUGAUAGAAACACCCAUUUCAUGGACAAACGGGCGAAAUAAUCUCCAAUGUAUGAUAAUUUGUGACAAGAACAACAAAUAUGAAAUUACUCACUUUGGUAACGUCUCAAUUCUUUCGAUCCGAAAUGUAACAGAAGAAGAUUUCACUUGGCGUUUUUGUGACUUCUAUUUCUGCUCUGAAAAUUAUACUUUAUUGAGGAAAGAUAUGGAAACAAAGAACAAUUUUGGAGCAAAUGGAUCAGAAAUCAGAAUCUUUGCCAUAGCCAUCUCUUCUAUAUUUGUCUUUGGAGUCAUCCUUCUCACAAUAUUCUUUACCAUAUCCAAAUACAGCUCUCGCAACAUUUGUAAGAGAUACAAAAGCCUCAUUUUACAAGGCAGCAUUAGGAAAAUAUUUUUCUGAGAACAAAUGUCGAUUUGUAACAUUGCUACUAUGGGAAAUAAUUCUUUGCUUUACAAGCUUUCACUUUACGAGUGGCUUUCGGUAGUAAAUUAUCUCAAAUAUAUCAA